AUGGCCCACUGUGGAGCGGGUGGCGCGGCCCCGGCGGGUCUUCUGAGGUCCCCGGGGCUUGACAGGAAAGGGCUGCCUAGGAAGGGGCCCGGGGAGCGGCGCCGGCUGAAGGCGGUGGUGUCGGAGCAGCUCAGCCGCGACGUGCUCAGGCUUUUAAGGGAAGAAAUACACACAGACACCCUUCUUUCUGUCAGUGGCUCGCUGUUCAAAGUGCACAGGGCAGUCUUGUUAGCCAGAGCUCCCAGCUUUUAUUCCCACAUCAUUGGACCCACGUCAUGUGACCUAACAAACGAGUUUGUUCCUGUGGAUGGUGUUGGAGCUUCAGAAUUUAAAGCAUUUUUACAGAUUGUGUAUUCAUCAAACAAAAGCAUAAAAAGCUAUGAAGAGGAAAUUCUUAAAAAAAUCAAAGUGGGAAGCAUAAUGCCAGAAAAGGGACUGGACGUCAGCUUCCUGCAGUGUAGAACUUCAUCCGACUGUUUUCUUGGGAAAUGCAAAAUUGAUAUUACUGGUGGAGGUGACGGUUUUAUUUCCAAGGAUGAUUAUGACCUGGAACCUGUGUCUGAAUUGGGAGAAGAUUUGUUGAAGCUUUAUGUGAAUCAGUGUUAUCCUGACAUUGAUAUUUGUGUUGAUGGGAAAAGCUUCAAAGCUCACAGGGCUGUUUUGAGUGCCAGGUCGAGCUAUUUUGCCGCAAUGCUGAGUGGCUACUGGGCUGAAAGCUCCCAAGAGUGUGUUACUCUUCAAGGUAUAACCCAUGUAGAAAUGAAUGUUAUGAUGCACUUUAUAUAUGGAGGAACUUUGAAUUUUCCAGAAAAGGCUAAUGUUGGUCAGAUACUGAUCGUGGCUGAUAUGUAUGGACUGGAAGGAUUAAGAGAAGUAGCAAUCUAUGUUUUAAGAAGAGAUUACUGUAAUUUCUUUCAGAAGCCCGUUCCCAGAACAUGGACAUCGAUUCUAGAAUGCUUAGUCAUCGCUCAUUCAGUUGGAGUGGAAAGCCUUUUUGCUGACUGCAUGAACUGCAUUAUAAGCCAUUUUGCAAGAUUUUGGUCAGAAAGAAGCUUUGCAAAUGUUCCUCCUGAGAUUCAGAAAACUUGUCUCAGUAUGCAGAUUCAGUCCUUAGUGAGUAUAGUCUGA